AUGAGUAUCAGAGCUUUAGCACCCUCCAUCCGAGACAAAGUCAGACAGGCAAGUUUACUAACACUGGGUGCAAUGCCUGCAUGGCGGCCAACCAUGGUGCUGAAGCACGGCUUCUUCCAAAUGGACGCUCACCCUGGAAACAUUAUGAGCCUCGAAGACGGGAGGCUGGCGCUCCUGGAUUUUGGGCAGUGCUGCGAGCCCACCACAGAGCAGCUUCGCCGCUUCCAGCAGUUCGCUGUAGCGGCACCGACCUCCAAGGAAUCUGCCCAGGACUCGCAGCGGCUCAAGUCCUGGCUGGCCAACAUGGGCAUCGAAGUUGAUCAAUCGAAGGCAUCUGCAACUGCCGAGAUGCUAUUUUUGGGAGAGAAGAGUUCCAUGUUUCCCGACACACAGCAUCGACCCGGAGAUUAUGCCACUGCUCCUCAUCGUGUUGUAUCUGUCCCGCUUUGA